AUGUUCGCCACACGACCAAACCGCACUCUCCUGAACCCUAAAUUCGAAGGCUACAAGCUCGACGCGCUCGAAGAGCCCGAGCAUGUGUUCCGCCAUGUGCUUGACUCGGCACAUCGCCCGCGCCAGGCAACCGUCUCGGGUCGCUCAUUGCUCUCGUUUCACGAAGUCCAGAGCCGGAUAAGACAUAAUCAUCUGUGUAUUGGUCCGGAUGGGAGGAGAGCGGUGUAUGUGGAUGGGGAGUUGAAGGUUGUGUUGGUCGAAUUUGGGGAAGAUCUGCAACCAACGUAUAACGUGCUACAUGAGAUGUCGAUGCCUAUGUUUACGGAUGGCGCUGCGAGACCUCAGAAGGAGUACGCGUCUGCAGCCUUUCUCAACGGCGGCUUGCUUGCAGUUGCGGAUGGCUUCGGCACACUAUAUUUCUUGGACUUGCCGUCAACAUCUGGUGCACCGUCUACGCUCAGAGGAACAUUCGAGCUUCCAGCUGAGGCCCAUUCAAGCAGUCCUUUCCGAAUCCAUGCAGCUGUCAAAUCUGGGGAAGAUCAGGCACUAUUGAUCCUGUCUUCUUCCUCCCGUCAAUCGGCCGACGAUGCGUCCACGAUCUCCACCACAUCUGCUCAACCUCGAGUUUACUUCGACGUCUUUUGCGCGGAGCUUCCUCUGGCGAGCGCUUCCUCUGAGGGAAUCUUGAACGUCAGAUGGCGUUUACGAGGCCAGGAUGCGCCGCUCUACGUUGCGUAUGAGGCAGCGGAAAGUGUCUUCCUUCUCGCUGGUGCGGCUCGCUACCAGCUCAUGGACGCUCCUGCCACAACACACGCAGAGCCAUCUGCAGAUGAAGCCGCUCCGAUACCGCGAGCAGGCGAGAACCUCGAUGCCCUAUCAAACGACAACCGCCCUCCGCCGUAUGCCUGGACGCAGGAUAACGAGGAAGUUACGGUGGCCUUUCCGCUUCCAGCUACGACGCCUAGCAACGCCAUCUCCGUGAACUUCUCACCGCAGACUUUGACUCUGCGCGUACGCGACACGGAGCUUGCGCCGCAGUAUACCACGACCCGUCUCUGGGCCGGUAUAUCGCCCGAUAACUGCCUCUGGACAUGGGACGCGAAGGGCCACGACAAGUUCGGACUCUUAACGCUACACAUCGAAAAGCAACAUAGCGGGACGCGAUGGCCAUCCGUCUUCGAUGCAACCUCGGGUCAGCCAGAGGUACCCGAGACGCUGGAUCCAUCCGCGUUAGCGGAGAUCCGGGAGGCGAUGGAGAAGUUCACCGCGGGCGCCGCGGGGGGUGGUCCAGGUGCUGUGCCGAGUCUUGCGGAGGGUGAGCGGGACGACGAGGCGGAUACGGCAGUCGGUAAUGAUACGGCUUUGACGUGGGCAAAGGCGGCCGAUGGAUGUGCGCCGGAGUGGGCCGCGAGCGAUAUGGAUGGGGAAGUGACUGUACUGAGUACACCACUUCCGGGGAUCGCUGGAAUCUCGCUGGUGGCGAAGCACACCAUCGACGGUCUGCUCUUCGCGCACUCGACGCGCGAGACGUCCGAAUGGACACACUCGAGCACCUACUCUGCGCUAGCGUUCGUACUCGCCUCAAAACGCGACACGCGCUUCGUGCACCAUAUCCCCGGUUCAGGUGUUCUUGCGCUUGAAGGAGGUACCGAAACUGGAGGCGGGAACGUGUAUGUGUACCGGGACGCGCCCCGCGGGGCGAAACACGCCAAACAAGCAAUCUUGCGUGUAGGAGGGGGCGGUGCGGGAGCUCUGUUAGGCGUUGGGUCAGUCAGGGACGGAGAUAAGAUCGCCAUCGCGUGUUUGUGCGAGAACGAGCUGGUCGUGUUGCGCGGGGUGCUUUAA